AUGAACGAGUCCCAGGAUCAGUUUCCCCUACAUACCGCUGCCCGAGAAGGAAGAGUCUCGGUUGCAGAGACCAUCCUCAAGACAGAGCCCAUGCUCGCUACUCGGGAGGACGAGGAUCGCAGGCUACCGAUUCACUGGGCCGCGUCAUCCAACUGUAUUGACAUUGUUAUACUGCUUGCGCAACACCAUAGUUUCGAUCCCGAUGUCCAGGAUGGCAGCGGCUGGACGCCACUUAUGAUUGCUGCAAGCCUCAAGGACGGCGAAGCUCUCGUAAAUUUACUGCUUCAAAAGGGAGCCGAUGUCAACCUCAAGAAUCACAACGGACAGAAUGUUCUUCAUUUUGUGGCUUCAAAGAAUAAUCUGGAUGUUGCGAAGACGCUCAUCAGUCACAAUCCUCCGGUGUCUACCAGAGUUCGCGAUAAACGCGGCCAAUACGCCAUCCACAGAGCUGCGGCCAUAGGCUCAGUUCCUAUGGUGAUGCUCCUGAUCAAGAACAAGAGCCCCCUCAACGCUACUGACGCUUCGGGCUACACGGCGCUUCAUCAUGCCGUUGCCGAAGGUCAUGGUGACACAGCAAUGGCCCUACUUAAAGCUGGAGCAGAGGUCGACAAGAAGGAUAAUGAAGGUUACUUGGCCUUAGACUUGGCCCCCGACAAGGAGGUUCGCCGCUACAUCGAGCGUUCCGCUGAGGAGGAAGGCAUAGAUCUUUAA